AUGGGAUGGGAUGUUGGCAUGUCAAAGGGAAGAUUGAUGAUGAGAGCUUUUCGGUUACAGAUGCGCGGAUCUCAGCGCUUCGUCUUCUUUUGCCUGGGCAUCACGGCGAUUUUCGGUCUUGUAAUGGUGUUGACACCGAAAUCCGAUGAACAAGUUGAAAUGUUGACAAAAUAUCUUGAGAAGCUCACAAAGACUAAUGGAUUAGAGUUGGAUGAAGAUCAUCACGUUCACGACGAUAUUCACAUUCAGCAAAUCGAUUUGUCUGGACGGAUAAAGAGAACUCCGUAUCCAAAAAGGCAAAACUUCAGCGAAUGCCCAAAAAAAUUUGGCAAAGUGACGGUGAUGGUUGCAUAUGUGAAAUCGAGUAUGAUGACUCACUAUCACGUUGCUCAGAGAAGUUUGGAGUGUUAUUUGAAGGGAACAAAUUACGAGUUGGUGAUGGUCGAUUUGGAUAACGACAAUCUCACACAAACGCAUUGUAAACAUCACAAACAAUUGUUCUUCAAAAAGCACUGCGCCGUCUCCGUGUAUCUGAAGCAAACCGAUUGGAUGCUUAUCCUCGAUGCGGAUACAGGAAUUGUUAACCCAAAUCACUGUAUCGAGGAGUGGAUCGAUGAUCGAGUCGAUCUCCUUUUCUAUGAGCGAUUCUUCAAUUGGGAAAUCGCGAGUGGAAACUAUUUGGCAAGAAACACCGAUUUCGCCUACAAAUUCAUCAAGAAAUGGGCUGAUUGGGAGUUUGUGCAGCCACAAAAUUGGAAUGGUGCCGAUAAUGGAGUGUUGCAAAUUCACAUCUUGCAAACGGUGAUCCCCGACGCGAUGCAGGAUAUCAAGAACUGUGACACGAUUUGGCAUCAGGGGAAAGGAUAUGAGACAUAUAUGGCAUAUGUCACUUGUUGUAAAGUUGCUCUCGGUGCUACUCGUCUCUGGCCUGGGAAAAUUCGAUUAUACAGACGAGCACACGGAUGGGUUCGAGACGGUUACAUAACUUCGGAUAGAUGGUGUGAGAAUGAUUUCAUGAUACAUGGAUGGAAAGCGACACAAGUCGAUCAGGGAGGAUGGGAGAGUCCGUUUGAGCACAUUCAAGAUCCCUCGAUUUGUGAUGCGAGUCCAAAGGGAUGGCCAUGGAGAGAAAAGAAGAAAGCUACGGUAGAACAGAUUCGCCAAGAGCUGUCGAGAUUCGAGAAUCGAACGGGGAAAUCCUAUCCAAAAGUGGCUCGCGUUCACGCAUGGCUUGAGUUACCCGAUGUGGGCGAGUGUUAUCCAGAUUGUGAUCUCAGUACA